UAGAAAAAGACAAGAGAGGACGCUCUUCCUCACAAAUUCCAUAUUCCUCUGCAACACUAAAUGACACCAAUCCAAAUUGUAACGACAAGAACAGGAAUAGCUCUCACGCCAUUUGUCUACUUUCUAUCUGUUUCUUUUGAAUCAAGAACAGAAACGCCUGAUUCAAUUGCCUUUUAGUCGAUAAGACGCCAACUGCUCCCCACUUUCUCUCUCUACAAAACAACUCAGAUUUCAGUUCAGACCAAAUCAAAUUGGGUUUUUUGUGAACUUGAAAACCCUUCAACGAAUUUCUGUUUUCUACAUUGCUUCAAUCAGUUCUUCUUCACCAUAUUUCUUCUGAUAGUUCAGUUCUUUUUUCUUUUUGUUUUUCCAUCGGUUUGGCUCCCAGUUCAAUCGUCGAACACCUGGAAGGCCCGAUGUUUCAAGAUGAUGGGUCAUCUUCUGUGACUUCCACACCAAACCAAAUCUUUCCGUCAAUGGCUGCUUCAUGUCAAUUACGAACAACACCAUAUCCAUGGCUGAAAGAGCUUAAAUCAGAGGAAAGAGGUCUGUGUUUGAUUCAUCUACUGCUCACAUGUGCAACCCACGUAACCUCCGGGAACUUCGAUCAUGCUAAUCUCGCUCUGGAUCAAAUCUCCCACCUCGCUUCUCCUGAAGGCGACACGAUGCAGAGAAUCGCGUCGUAUUUUGCCGAAGCUCUCGCUAAUCGAAUCCUCAAAUCAUGGCCUGGACUCUACAAAGCCCUUCAUUCGACCAAAAUCUCCACCGGAAACGACGACAUUCUCUUCAGGAAAUCGUUCUUCGAUUGCUUUCCGUUUUUGAAAAUCGCAUUUGUUAUUGCAAACCAAACGAUAAUCGAAGCCAUGGAAGGAGAGAAAAUGGUUCAUGUCGUCGAUCUUAACGCGGUAGAACCCACUCAGUGGCGUGCACUUCUCCAUGAGUUCGCCGGACGUCCAGGAGGGCCUCCGCAUUUAAGAAUCACCGGAAUCCAUCACCAGAAAAAGGUUCUAGACCAUAUGGCCAGCACAUUAACCGAAGAAGCUGAAAAACUCGAUAUCCCGUUUCAGUUCAAUCCAAUCGUGACCAAGCUCGACGAUCUCGACAUCGAUAAACUGAAAAUCAAAACCGGCGAAGCGUUAGCAAUCAGCUCGAUUCUUCAAUUCCACUUAAUGUUAACAAAAUUCGAUAAAACUGCAAGAAAAUCACCACCCAUUUCCAAGACCGAAGAUUCCUUCACAUCUUGUACAGUUUCUUCCACGAAAUUAGACCGAUUCCUCAACCGUUUAUGGGGUUUAUCCCCAAAAAUAAUGGUGGUGGCCGAACAAGAAUCCGACCACAACCAAUCGGAUCUAAUGGAGCGACUAUCGGAAUCGUUGUACUUUUACGCCGCCCUUUUCGACUGCUCAGAGUCCACUUUGCCAAGAACAUCACCGGAAAGAUUAAAAAUCGAGAAAAUGUUCGGGGAGGAGAUCAAGAACAUUAUAGCGUGCGAUGGGGAGGAGAGAAUCGAAAGGCAUGAAAAGCUCGAUAAGUGGAUUCAAAGGCUUAGUUUAAUGGGCUUUGGGCCUGUUACAUUAAGCUAUUAUGGGCUUUUACUUGCUCAAAGAUUGAUUCAUGGAAGUAGUUGUAAUGGUUGUAGGAUUAAAGAAAAAAAUGGGUGUGUGGUCAUUUGUUGGCAAGAUCGGCCCAUUUUCUCAGUUUCGGCUUGGAAUUCGAGACGAUAAAUCUUUCUAGAGAGGGUAGUAUUGUCAUUAUGUCACUAUCUCAACUGUUAUAGCAUGGUAGGAUUUGUUUAGGUGCUGACCUAGAAUGGUAUAAGUUUUUACUUGUACAACUCGGUCUGCCUUUUAAACAUUAGAUUCAACUAAUGAAAAGUGACAACCUACUUGUUAUAA